AUGACCCGCCAGGGCACCCAGCAAAAAAAGAAGCGCUCCGUCCGUCGCAAGGUCGGCAAUGAUGCGAGUGGGAACACUCUCGAGUUGCAAGCGCUGUCCCUCGAUGAUCCAUCUGACCAAGUCCAAGCUGCCGGUGAUCACAUGAUGCUACCACCUGCUAGCCAGGAACCCAUGCCACGAGCCAAGAAAAAGCGAGGGUCCAAAACGAUCAAGAUCUACAAGGGCUUUCGAUAUUGCAAGAACUGGUACUCGACGAAGCACAUUGCAUAUCGCUGCAGUACUUCGAAGACUUCUGGCUGUAAGGCCACGCUCAAAGUAACCCCGGCCGCUGUUUGGUGGGUGGAGGGUGAACACACGUGCCGUCCGGUCCCGGUAUUGAAUGGGCAACUCAAUGAUGAGACCGACGCAAUGAAACGAACUACAGCUCAGCUAGCAACCCAAAAUCCAACAAUGCCAGAGGGCGACAUUUGGGAGCAAGUAUGCGAGGCGUUCUACGGUCCCGAUAGAGAAGAGCUGUUAGACGGAUUGACAGAGGAGCAAGUUAUCGGGCAUAUCCGUCGCAUUCGCCGCCGAUACUACGGUGGUGAUAUUCACGGAGUUGUGGAAGUCCCUCCCUUCUCCAAAGUGAAAGACUCGGCCAUCCCAUUCUUCCGGUUCCAUUUGACUGAGUCCAUGUACGACGAUAUCCUGCAUCUCAUCUACCGCGACACCGGCAAAAAGCUCAAUCCUGCAGAAAUUGUAUGUGAUUUCGAGUUUAGCCUCAUCUCAUCUGUUCAGACCCGGUUCCCGAACGCUGAAGUGGUGGGCUGUUUCUUCCAUUUUAAACAAGCCAUUCGCCGGCGACUGAAAGACGAGCGCAUCUCCGACGACGAAGUGACUAUCGCUAUGGAGUCUGGCGUCUUGGACAUUCUCACUGUAAUUGAUCCAGACCUCGUCGAUCCGAAGGGCAUCGCUUGGGUGAAGCAGGAGAUCAAGCAGAGAAAAACCUGGCUUGAGCGAUACUACAUCACAGAGUGGAAUGUGUUUGGUAUCGCCAAUACUAUCGUGGCACGCACAAACAACCCCUUGAAGAGGUUUAACAGGGAGAUGAACGCCGCGUUCAAGACCCACCCCAAGCUUCGACACUUUGUUUCUACAAUUGCCAAAAUUUCAACUGCUUACGCGCAGCGGCAAGCCAACAUCACGCGCGGUCUACGCAAGAAGAAACAGCGUCCACCACGCAUUGAGUUGCCGGCUGCCCCUAGUUUGGCGCGCGUGUUGGCGGCCUUGCUCGACUUAGCAACAUUUGAAGUUCCGCCUGAGUCGGAAGAUGAAGGUGACUAUGAUGAGCUUGGCGACCUGUCCGACGGCUCCGACGAAUCAGCUCGUAGUGGCGAAGCUGAUCACUCUUCGGAGGAAGACGAGCCAUCCCGAAAUGCGCAGUCGGCCGAAGACUUGCAGCAGGAAAUUGAUGACCACGCUAACACUUACAACUUCUUCCUUGACUCGGACAGUGACCACGAUCCAGAUGAAGAAAAUGGCGUGGCGCCUGGGCUCGUGGGCAUGUUGGCGUCUGGAUUUAUGGUUGUGAUGGCGUCUGGAUUGAUGAGUAUGUCGGCGUACGGAUCCAUGGCCAAGGCGGCGUUCAGAUUCGGGGGCACGAUGAACGUGCGCCCGCGGGCGUCUGGCGCCUAG